AUUAUUGUCUAUGUUUUAAUCAGAAAUAUCAAGGACUUUUUUCUUUCCUCUUUCUAUAGUCUAACGUACACAUUAAGGUCAACUUUUCUAGCCGGGUCACAUACACACAUAGAAUCUACACCUUUUGCCUCGCUGCAUUUGUGAAUACCUUAGACAUGAGUCGUGAUCGUUGCCAUUGCAGCGCUGUCUAGUAUUGAACUCUUGGCCCACUGGGCUAGGUCAAGCUGGACAUGCAGAAUGAUGCCUCGGGUAGGAGGUGCGCCUAGAAUGCCGAGCAGCCCCACAGGAAGAAACCAUGGACCAUGCUGAACCACAAGAAGCUUUGACAGAACACACGUGCUCUGGCACUGUUAUAGCAACUGUUUAUAUUGUCGUUGAAUUGUAGCGUCAAAUCGGUUGAUUGUUUCGGCAAAUUCCGAGGGCUGCACCACGUGGGAGAUGGCCGCACGUGAGUGGUGGACAUGUCACAGUCCAACUUCAACUCAUAAUUUAUAAAUAAAAGCCACACGCACAAUGGCAACAAGAUGCUAUCGGUGUACGAAGGUCUUCUAGAAAUGAUUUCACUCAUUUUAACCCUCCUCUCCGGGACGCCAUCGUUCGCGUCUCGAGAUACCUUCUAUCCGCCCCUCAACCACACCACCUUCAUCACCAAUGCCUCCCUUGGCACGUACGGCGGCAUCUACAACGCGCCGGCCGACCAAAGCAGCCCCUUAGGUGAUGUAUACAACUACUGCAGUAUGCCUCAUCCUACCGAGGAUACAUACUCACUGCCACCUCCUGUUGCCAAUCACUCCAUUACCGCUCGCCUUGUUUAUCUUGAGUAUCUCCAGCGCCAUCAGCGUCGCACUCCCUAUAACAUUCUUCCGGGUGGCGAGAACCAAGAGUACAACUGCGACAACAUUCAUCCCCAUCUCUACGCAGCACCAGCUUCUCAGUGGACCCUUCCGGCGACAGUCUAUGGUCAAGCCUACUCCGACCCGUCCAACCCAUUCUUGAAUAGCUACGUCAAUGGAUCCUGCCAGUAUCCGCAGCUUACGAUCGGCGGCCUUCUAGACGGUUACCAACACGGUCGCGAUCUCCGCGCCGUGUAUGGCGACCAGCUCGGCCUGAUUCCCGACUCGCCCGAGGGGAAGGUCUGGUUCCGCUCUAGCUCCUCCGCCCUAACCCAGGGCUCAGCGGGCGGUGUCCUCCGUGGAAUCUUCCCCGAGCACUCAGGGCCAAUCCCGCUCCACCAGCAGGCCUCCAGUAUUGACACUGUUGACCGCGGCUUUCCCUGUUCCGCUCGGGACACGCUGCUCUCAUCUAUUCAAUCCACCGCGGAAUGGAACGAACAUCUAUCCGUCACUGAGCCACUACGCACGCGCUUAUCUACCAUGUUUAACGCCACUGGGUCUUGGACUUCGACCUUUGACCACUUCGCCGACAAUUUCCAGGCCCGUCUAUGCAACGGCUACGAACUUCCCUGCCGCGUAGGGGAUGAAUCCGACUGCGUGACAACCGACCAGGCAAAUGAGGUUUUCCGCGCCGGCGACUGGGAAUGGAACUACUGGUGGCGGACCAACGCGAACGCCACGCAAUACAUCCAACUAGUGGAGGGACUCUUUAUCGGAGAAAUCGUGAGGAAACUGGAGGCCGUAGAACAGUCCAGGUCCGACUUAGUGUACAGCCAUAAUUUCGUGCAUGAUGGCGAUAUCGGACCAAUCCUUGGUGCGUUGGGGAUCAGAUCACUUCGCUGGCCGGGAAUGGCAUCGAACAUUGCUAUUGAGAUUUGGGAAACCUCCGAGUCGGAAUUCUACGCUAGAGUUCUGUACAGUGGAUCUGCGAUUGAGACCAUCCAUGGUACCCUGGAUUGGAUCCCGUUGGCUGCGUUGAUCAACAUCCUGAAGCCGUUCAUCCCCGACGAUAUUAUAUCGAUGUGCAACUAAUGAUGAUUAUUCUUGUAUAAUAUUAUACCAUGUGCAACCGAGUGCAUCAAUCAGUCAUCACAGCAGUAACAAUACACCCCAUCUGUGCAGCACUGAGGAAACCGUCCAUGACAACACACCGCGUGUGAACAAGGGGAGGAGCAUGUGUAGCAGCCUAGAAUGCUCAGUUCAUCUCCACAGCUAAGAUGAAUAAAGACGUAACGUACGGCUCUCAUCGGUCCCGAGCCCUAGAACACUCUGCUCCGACUUCAAGGCUGGGAUUUUAUGACCCUCCUUUGAUGUCGUUCGUAACGCUGCAUUUGUUAGCAUAUCUGUUCCAUUCCCAUCAGAAGGUAAGUAGUACAAGUGUAUUGAUGUUGCACGGCACUCGCGACACCGACGACGGUGAGGAGCAUCGUGGUGAUAGACUUUAAGUUCAUGGUGGAUGGUAGGAUCUCAGUCGGUUCCGGAUAACGGAGACACAAAGACGUUAAUUCAAUCUACUUUCUAGCUCGAAGAUAGUAGGGCUGCUUUAUACGUAUAUGUUAGAAUCAGGUGCGGAUGUCAUCUGCUGCUGGGAUUGGGUGUCAUAUGCCCUAAUUCAUCAGCUGAUCACGUUGCAUUCCAAGAC